AUACGCGGUGCGGUGCGGGCAUAAAUGCAUAAUGGGGCCGAACUAUUAUUUGCCUUUGGUGCUAGUGAGUGCGGCCGCUGGAAAGACAAAGUGCAGAGCAGGCGAAGCCAAGAGCGAAGGAGCGAGGAGGCGCCGGCCGCGCCGCGAGCGCGAUCCGCAGCGUCAGUGCAGCAUGGACGAGUGGUCGGGCUGCUUCUUCAACAGCCUGCUGGCGCUGGUCGUCCUCGUGCCGCUCGCCUACACCGUCCUCUUCAGCGACAAGUUUCGCAAGUUUCGUGAGCAGUGGUAUGCCGAAUUCGUCAGUGACCUCAGGGUCGUGUGGAACGCCGCCUUGGACGAGAGGAAGAGGACCCUCCUCGCUCCCAUGGAGCACGCCGUGUCCAAGGACGACCAGCUCAGACUGAAGAAGUCCAUCAGGGUCUUGGAAAUCGGCUGCGGCACUGGCACAAACCUCAAGUACUACCCGGACGGCGCGAGCCUGGUGAUGGUCGACAGUGCGGCCGACUUUGAGGACCGGCUGCUGGAAAACGUGAAGAAGUAUCCGCGUUUAUUUUUGGAGCGCAUUGUUUACUCGUGUCCGGAAGACAUGUGUGAAAUUACAGACCAAAGUGUGGACGCCGUCGUGUCAACCAACGUCCUCUGCUCGGUCGGCGACGAGCGAAAGGUUUUGGCAGAAGUGGUCCGCGUUUUGGCACAAGGGGGAAAGUUUUACAUGAUCGAGCCCAAGGCGGAAAACUUCUGGAGUUUUACUUUUGCACUGCAGUGGAUUUUUACAACUUCUGGCAUAUGGCCAUACCUUUUUGAUGGCUGCCGCCUGACCAGAGACAUCGAAAAAGUCGUGGGCGAAGCUGGCUUCAGUGCUGUGGAGAGCUCUGAUUUUAAUUUGCAACAGAGUGACCAUUUCGUUUUUAGAGUAAUUCGCAGACAAACUUGUCUAGUCGCUACAAAAUAAUAAAGUUGGAUUUAUACUUUUUCAA